AUGGCAUUCUAUGAUCAAGAAGAAACCGAAUUUCGCCAAGAGGUCGAACAAGUCAAGCAAUGGUGGACCUCGCCUCGUUUCAAACUGGUCAAGCGUCCCUACACUGCUGAACAAAUUGUAUCCAAGCGUGGUACCAUUCCCACUGAAUACCGAUCCAAUGGACAAGGUAAAAAGCUCUGGGAUAUCCUUCAACACAACAAGCGAACUGGUAACACCAGCCACACGUUUGGUGCUCUUGAUCCCGUCCAAGUCACCCAAAUGGCUCCUCAUUUAGACACUGUCUACGUGAGCGGCUGGCAGUGCUCUUCAACGGCAUCAACUAGCAACGAACCUGGCCCGGAUCUUGCUGACUACCCCAUGGAUACUGUCCCCAACAAGGUUGAACAUUUGUUCUUUGCUCAGCUUUUCCAUGACCGCAAGCAGCGUGAAGCACGUCUUUCCAUGACCCCUGAGGAACGUGCCAAAACGCCCAAGAUCGAUUACCUGCGUCCUAUGAUCGCUGAUGCCGAUACGGGUCACGGUGGUAUUACUGCAGUCAUGAAGUUGGCAAAGAUGUUUGUCGAGCGCGGUGCUGCCGGCAUCCACGUCGAGGAUCAAUCACCUGCUACCAAAAAGUGCGGACACAUGGCUGGCAAAGUUCUUGUUCCUGUAAGCGAACACAUCAAUCGUUUGGUUGCGAUCCGCGUACAAUACGAUAUCAUGGGCGUCGAAAAUAUUGUUGUUGCACGCACGGACGCUGAAGCCGCUACGUUGAUCAGUAGCAACGUUGACAGUCGCGAUCACGAGUUCGUCGUUGGUGCCACCAAUCCCCAUAUGCAGCCAUUGGCUCUCGUUAUGACAGACGCUGAAAAGGCAGGCAAGAACGGUGCUGCUUUGCAACAAAUUGAAGACGAUUGGAUUAGCAAGGCUGGAUUGAAGCGCUACGGCACAGCUGUUGCGGAUGAAUUGCGCCGCACUGGCAAGACCAACAAGGUCGACGAGUUUCUCAAAAACAUCAAGUUCAAGAGCAACACCGAAGCGCGUGAUAUCGCCAAAUCGUAUGGCGUCGACAUAUUUUGGAAUUGGGACUUGCCUCGUGUACGUGAAGGCCACUAUCGCUACGAGGGAGGAACUGAUGCUGCUAUUUCUCGUUCCAUUGCCUUCAGCGAGUAUGCCGAUAUGCUGUGGAUGGAGACCAAGAAGCCGGUUUUGGAACAGGCCGAAGAGUUCGCCCGUGGCGUUUUGAGCGUCUCUCCGGAAUCUUUGUUAUGUUAUAACUUGUCUCCAUCAUUCAACUGGGAUGCCGCUGGGAUGAACGAUAAGGAUAUGGGAUCCUUCGUUCAAAAGCUCGGCCGCCUCGGAUUCGUUUGGCAAUUCAUCACCUUGGGUGGUUUGCAUGCCAAUGCAUUAGCAACAGGUACAUUUGCCAAGGCUUUCAAGGAGCAGGGCAUGUACGGCUAUGUCUCCAAUGUGCAGCGCAAGGAACGUGAGAACAGCAUUGACGUUCUUCAACAUCAGAAAUGGUCGGGUGCCAACUAUGUUGAUGAGUUGAUGAAGGUCGUCACUGGCGGUGUUGCAGCAACAGCCGCCAUGGGCAAAGGUGUUACUGAAGAUCAGUUUAAAUAG